UGUCGCUCAUUUAAGUUCUGAGAUCACAUUCGGCAUCAACAAGACCCCAUAACUUUAGUCGAAUUUAGUUCUUCUUAUACGUUAGUGCGAACAAAACAUGUUUGAAUUCAAUAGUGUAACCAGUUUUUUGGCAUAUACCUUGCUCAUAUCCACUUUAUUGCGCAUCAUUUAUACGUUCAUAAUACGGAAUUGGAACUAUUUUUCGGAUCGAAAUAUUGUGUUUGAACGAGGAAUACCAGUGCUUGGGACGAUUUUCGGAAACUUAGACUUAAUUUUGGGCAAGAAGUCUAUGCCCGACUCGCUUUAUGAUGUCUACAAAAAGCACUCGGACCGGAAAUUCGUGGGAAUUUAUGAUUUGGGCGGCAAGCCAUCGUUUUUAAUAAACGAUCCUGAGUUAAUAAAUCGAAUUUCGAUAAAAGAUUUCGACAGUUUUGUCAAUCACUUUUUAAUGUUCGAUAAGGAGUUGAAUCCACUCAUAGUACGAACGUUAUUCGCCAUGUCGAAUCAAGAGUGGCGGGAAAUGCGUGGUACAUUGAGUCCACUAUUUACGGGCAGUAAAAUGAGACAAAUGCUGUCGAUUAUGGUGGAUUGUUCGAAUGAGUUCAAUACGUUCGUGCGAAACGACAUAACUUCCAAAUCGGGAACAGACAAUAGCCUCGAAUUCGACAUGAGCGAGUUAAUGAUGAGAUUAACUAACGAUAUCAUCGGAUCGACGGCAUUCGGUAUUCAAAUGAAUUCGUUGAAGGAGGUUAACAACGAUUUUUUUAAAAUGGGAAAAGAAAUGGCGUACGCAAUACAGGGUGUUCGUGCAGCAAUCAACAUAGGUUUUCCGAAAAUCGCUAAACUUUUCAAUCUGAAAGUCAUCACUGACAGUCAAGAUAAAUUCUUUCGGAAUGCGAUUCGAAGCGCGGUUGCAGAACGCCGCAGAAUGAAAAUCGAACGUAACGAUAUGUUGAAUCUGUUAUUGCUGGCCCAAGAGGGGAAACUGAGCAACGAAAAGGACAAGGAAAGUGAUCAAGAUACGGGAUUCGCUACCGUGUCGGAAUUUAUAGCCGCAAGGAAAGCUGAGAAACUGAAAAAUUGGACCGAAGACGAUUUGGUAGCCCAGUCAAUAUUAUUCUUCCUCGCUGGAUUUACAGGCAUCUCAAUGUCACUAUGCUUCGUAUGUCACGAGCUAGCCGUUAAUUUGGACAUUCAGAAGCGACUGCACAAAGAAAUAGUGGAAGUAAAUGAAGAGCUCCAUGGAAAAUCGGUCACAUUUGAAGCACUACAAAAGAUGAAGUACUUGGAUAUGGUCGUUUCGGAGGUGCUUCGCAAAUGGCCUCUUGCUGUUAUAAUGGAUCGUAAUACUAAUAAACAAUAUGUUAUGGAAGAUCAUGACGGCACGAAAGCUCUACUGCAACCGAAUGACAUAGUCUGGUUUCCGAUUUAUGGUAUUCAUCGGGAUCCGAAAUACUAUCCGAAUCCAGAGGUUUUUGAUCCGGAACGCUUUUCAGAUGAAAAUAAACCGAAUAUUCGACCAGGAACAUUUAUUCCAUUCGGAGUGGGACCGCGAGCAUGUAUUGGAAACCGAUUCGCUUUGUUACAAAUCAAAGCGAUUCUCUACAACUUGUUGUUGAAUUUCCACAUUGAAUGUUCUGCACGGACACAAAUCCCGUUGAAACUUAAAGGCAAUGGUAUGGCAGUAACUGUCGAAGUGGGCUUCUUCAAUCAGCUAAGGCUCCGGAAUUGAGGGGAGAAAGCGGAGAAAGAAAAGGACAACUACCUCAAUAAUUCAUGGUUCAUAUGAAAAUUUAAAAUGUUCAAUGCCAGUAAAUGCUAUGCAGCAAUUUGAUUUAUAUACUUUUCGU